CUUUACCUUUCGUGAGUCUCGGUAACUCCAGCGCUUGACGACUACCUAAUACCAUGGAACGACGAGGGAUGAGCCACUCGGCACCGUACGGCCAUGCGUGUAUGAGCUGCUUCAAAGCCAAGUGCCGAUGCAUUCCGCGCCAAAAUGGCGAUGGUUGCGAAAGAUGCCGCCGUCUGAAGAAACACUGCACCCCAUCCAACUCGACCCGACGCCGCGUCAAUCCCAACCAAAAACCACACUCCGAAGGCUGGGUUACCCCCUUUGAAGAUCUUGUCCCGCUGUUCCAGUCGGGCGAGGCCUACGAGGUCGACAACCAGCAUCGGGCUCCUUGUGGACUGCCCUCGCCGGGGGGUCUAACAGGCCUAGAAGCUCUCCUUAGCCCUUUUCUUGACAUACCUACCAACAACUUAAACGCGAGAACCCCCGAGUCUGCGGACCCCUCGACAGCGUCCCGCCUUGAGAUAUUCCGUUCCCACAUGCUCCCCCAUUUUCCGCUCAUCCACCUCCCUGCCGAGACGACAGCCCAGCAGCUGCAGCACCAGCGACCAUUCUUGUUCCAAGCCAUCGCCUGCGUUACAUCACCUACGUCGUGUGAAAAGCGAGUGCGUGCUGCCGAGUUGAAACGCGUCCUGUUUGCUAUGGCGUUCCUCCAGCAUCAGAAAGGGAACGAGACCCAACAAAGUCAAGCGGGCCGUACAAUGGACUUGUUGCUUGGUCUGCUAGUCUAUGUAGCCUGGGGCUGGGACCACCUUCUCAGUGGUCGCCUGAUGACCCUGGCCAUGUCACUGGUUGGCGAAGUGCUCCCGAGCAAGUUCACGGCUUCAGACAUGCACACGCUAGGGCUGGUGGUUCCAGAAGUCGAUGACACUGGCGGACCCAUGUUGGCCGAGUCGUUAUUGGAACGCCAACGCGCCGUUUUGGCUUGCUUCGUGCUCAGCUCUGCCGUUUCAACCUAUACCGGCCAAGUUGAUGCCUUACGCUGGACUCCUCACAUUAAGCACAAUCUCGCCGCCCUUACUGCGAGCACAGAUGACCCGGCCGACGGCGUCUUGGCCUUGCAGGUGCACCUCCAGCUGCUCACAUCGCAGGCUCUCCAGCUACGCACUCGGAACCGCCAUACAAACUACCACGCGGCCGCCGAGGCCCUCCUAGCCCAGCUUCACGACCUCCAUCCAGCCGUGCUUCAACACCAAGGCUCUCUCCCAGCGCACUUCUACCACGCCGAACUCACCAUCCUCGAAACCCUGCACGCCACCCCCCUCCAAACCAUCUCUACAACCAUCCCGACCACCACCCCCGACGCCACACCCCCAACGGUCUACACCACACCCGCACCAGUCUACACCACCCCUCCAACAGUCUACACCACCCCUCCAACAGUCUACACCACACCCGCGACGGUCUACCCCCCUCCCCACGGCACCACCACCAACACCAACACCCCCCAACCCUACAACAUCCUCCUCGCCCUACAAGCAAGCACCUCCGCCCUGCUCACCCUCCCCGACCCCUCCUUCCGCGGCAUCGCCCUGCCGCAGUGGGCGCAGCUGACGGCGUGUCUGAGCGCGCUGCACCGGCUGGAGGGCGAUACGCGGUGGGAUGGCGCGUCGGUUAGGCUGGUGGUGGAUUUGCCGGUGUUGUUGGGGGCGGUGGUGGAGAGGGUGGAGGGGGUUUGUGGUGGCGGUCCUGGUGUUGGGGUUGGGGUUGGUGUUGGUGUUGGGGGAGAGGGUGGUGGUGGUGGGAGUGGUGGUGGGAGUACUAGUGAUGGGGGUGGUGGGGAGGGGGAGGGGUUGGUUGGGGGUGGGGGGGGUAGUGAUGGGUGGGGAACAGAGGGUGUGGCGAUGGCGCCGCAGAAGGGGUAUUGUGCAGGUCAGGGGUUGUGGUGGGAUCGGUUUUGGGCGGAGGGUGAUUAG